AUUGUAAUUAAAAAAAUGUUGGUGAAACUGAAAACUUUUAAAUUGUCUAAGAAUGCCCUAGUACAUUUAUUAUAUAUAUUACUAAUUAUUACUACCACGAUUAGCGUCCAAAUUAACGACGAACCAGCCAAUCCAAAGCAGACUGAUGAUAAAAAUAAUAAUCCAGAUGAAAAUAUUCCAGACAAAACAAAUCUUAUUUCAUCAAAUAAUGAUAAUAAUGAAAAUACAGCUGGCAAAAAAAACAUUUUACAAGGAGUUUUUGAAAGGAUGAAUUUCAACAAAUUAAAAAAUAAUAAAACAAAACCAAAUGAAGAUAAAAUUAAUAUUAUGGACCCUAAAAAAAAAAAUACAGUUGAAGAAAGUAGUUUUAAAGAUCAGCAACUAGAAGCUGAUGAAGAAGAUCCAUUUAAGGACAUGAAACUGGGCAUACCUUCUGAAGAAUUAAACACUGGAGACGAUAAACUAGAAGAGGCACCUGAACAGAAUAAUAAACAAGAAAUAAAAAAGAAAAAGAAAAAGAAAAAAAAAAAGAAAAAGAAAAAGGAAAACAAUAAAGCUGAAAAUAUUAACUCUGAAAGAAAAGAUACACGUGAAACAGAUAGUGUUAAAGACCAACAACCAGAAGUUGAUGAAGAAGAUCCAUUUAAGGACAUGAAACUGGAUAUACCUUCUGAAGAAUUAAACACUGGAGACGAUAAACUAGAAGAGGCACCUGAACAGAAUAAUAAACAAGAAAUAAAAAAGAAAAAGAAAAAGAAAAAGAAAAAUAAAAAUAAAAAGGAAAACAAUAGAUCUGAAAGUAUUAACUCUGAAAAAAAAGAUACACGUGAAACAGAUAGUGUUAAAGACCAACAAUCAGAAGUUGAUGAAGAAGAUCCAUUUAAGGACAUGAAACUGGACAUACCUUCUGAAGAAUUAAACACUAAAGACGUUGAAGAAGAAAAAGCAACUGAACAGAAAACCCAAAAGUCCACUGAAGAUACGUCACAAAAUAAAAUUACGGAAGAUGAGCCAAAGGACUUAACAUUAUCUUCACUGGAGAAUGUUGGAAUCGUAAAAAUUAAAAACAAACAAAAUGCAACCAGCGAAAUGAUAAGAAAAGAAAAGAAAAGAACGAAGUUUAGAGAAUUUACACCUUCAGGAGAAAAUGCACGCAUAUAUUGUACAUUUUUAGGAGAUGUGUUGAAAAUGUACAACAAAGUAAAAAAACGUUUUGUUGGACAUUUUUGUCAUGCAAUCGUAUUUGGGGCUCCAAUUAACUUAAAACAUAAUCAAGUACACUUGAGCAAUAACAUGAAAAGUCAGCUGAAUAAAAUAGAUCCACAAAGGGGACAAAGUCUUCUUAUCGUCAUUAUGAAACAUUCAAGUUAUGACGAUUGGGAAAAAGCAUUAAUUAAUCCCAACCAACUAGUUAUAAAUAUAAUACAUACAGUCAUAAAUUAUAAAAUCGAUGGAAUACAAUUUUCAAAUUUACAACGAACGGGAGUAGAUCAAACAGAUACACAGAUGGUGAAUAAUUUAAUAACAUUCUUAAAAAAACUACUAAAAACUGCAAAAACAAAAAAACAUGACUUAAAAAUUGGCAUAACCAUUCAAAUGAACAGUCAGUGGAUCAAAUCAAGUUUUACUUCAUUCGAUCAAUUAAAUACACUGGUCACUUGGUAUUCAUACCAAACGAUUUCCAUGGUAGUAUGUACAUCGAAAUACAAAACUACAAGCACUUCUCCAUUAAAAGGAGAAGUGAGCUUGGAUAGUUCACUAGAAUCAAUAAAGGUUACCGAUAUUGAUAUGUCAAAACUAGUCGUUGGUAUACAAUUGUUCCCAAAUAAAAUUGAUGAAAUGAGUCCAUUAACAUAUGAAGAGUUAUGUUCAACAUCAAAGAACUCUUGGGACAAAUGGUGUGCUGCGCAUCCUGAUGAACUUCGGUUAAAGGGUUUAUUUUUGAGGGAUUAUGAAAUUGGAGGCGUCCAACUAUAUUACAUGCACUCGGACGAUUACAGGUCCACGUGCGGCUGCUAUUCGUUUCCGUUGAUUCGAGCACUUCUUCGUGGCUUGAUUAAUACUCAGACGAAAGAACAGUGUGAUUUUUUCACGGCACACAACUAAAUAACCGCGAUCGAAUCAAGAGUACAUGAAUAUUUCAUAUAACAAGCGCGAAUUCAUACGACAUAAAUGUU